GACGAGAAGAUUCGACUGUUGACACAGCAACUGAUCGAGCUGAGGGCGGCCGCAGGAUUACCGUGUGCCGCGCGCGCUCCAGCUGGCGAGGAGGCUCCGCCGUGCGAUGCGCCCGUGGUGCCUGUGCAGCUCCCGCCUCAGGACACAGCUGCGGUCGAGCGGAUGCUGGCGGAGAACGCAAAGAAGCACACCGCAGAGGUCCCCGCGGACGCCUUGGCGAGUGAGAAGUCCAAGGCCUCCGACGGCGCCUUCGUCCAUGACGACCCCCUGAUCCAGGCGGCGUUCGAGCAGGACUUCAAGUUCGACGCGAACUCGUCGCUGGGC